AUGGGUCACCACCACCACUCCCUGCAGGAGAUGAUGGAACUUACCGUCCCUCCGCGGCAGGUUCUGCCUCCUCAGGCACCGUCUGACGGGUAUGAAAACAGGCCUCUCCCCGCCGUUCCUCUCAGGAAGAAGAUGAACUUCAAGUCUAUGAAUGAACCGUUCUGCAUCACAGCGCAAGAGGAGUACAGCACGGCCUCUUCCCCUCCGUCACAACCGCAGACACCACGAAAGAUGGUUCAACUUGGAAGUUCUACUCCCCUACUGUCGUCAGCCUUCAUGGGCUCGCCCAGUCCAGGCAACAAUUUCAACGACCCCUCCUCAGGCCGCGUCGACAAGAUGACCAGCCAUGAUCCUCCCAUCAGGGAAGGACUUCAGAUCCGCACCAAAGACCUCGACCUCGGCUUCCACUCCCCAACCUUUCUAGACGAUACCUCGAGCAGCACCUACUCGUUCCAAGACGACGACUGCACGAACCCAUCCGUCGUCGGCGUCCCCGUCCCCGCCCCCGUCUCCGAGCCCUCGAGAACCCUGAGCCUUCUCGACACCCUCGACGCCGCCAAACAAGGGCAGGACACAUUAACCCGCCCGUGCUACUACAGCCCCGCGGAGGACUACCCCACCUGGGUGCCAGCGUCCCCCGUCCCACCACACACCGGCGCCUUCCCGCUCGACAGAACCCGGGCGAGGCGGUGCCGCUACAGCGACCACCCGGCCGUAACCAGGACAUCAUUAUCGAGCCCCCUAUCCCCCGUCAGCAUCGCCGAGAGCCUGCACCACUUCGAAACGAUCCCCGCCCGGCGGGACAACUACAACGACUACAGCGCCGUCGGCGCCCGGGACCUGUACCACGCCACCGCGACGCAGAUUGCCUCGUCCACCCAGAGUAGUACCCCGCUGGGGUCUCGCCCUUCGUCUCUUCAGAAAGACGUCGACUUUACCGUCGCUCCGCACAUCGCUUCCUGGCUGGAAGCGACCGGGUCGGGGCACCACCACAAGCAGGAAGGCAGCGGCAACGGCAACGGCAACGACAACGGCGCGGGACAGCUGCCCCUCCAUCUUCGGAAAAGGAACCCGGGGUUCGCGACAAGGGUGCUGCAGACGGCGAGGAAGAGCCCGCCCAGCAGCGUCACGACGCAGGGGCUGGGUCCCUCGUCUUUCGCGUUCGGGAAGGACGGCGUUCUUACGCCCCCCCACACGGCGCUGUCUCUGCCCCCCCGACUGCUGGGGUCCCCUGGUACGCGGUCGCAGUUUGAGGAGGACGAGGGGAAGGGCAGGAUGGGGCGGUACUCGGAGGCGUUUUCGCGGGUGUUUCGGCGCAGUGGAAGCGGUAGCCGCGGUGGUGAGCAGCAGCAGCAGCAGCAGCAGCAGUCGCCCAUGUGGCGGCGGAGUAGUGACUGUUCUGCGGCCGCUGCUGACGCCGACUUCCGAGCUGGUUCCAGCGACGGACGAGGGGUUGGUGGGUUGGAUACGCCUUCGUCUUUCGGCCCUGGUCACGGCGUGUUGCUGCAGAAGACGCAGGAGCAGUGGCAGGGGCUGGUGGCGCAGGCGAGGAAGACGGCCGGGGCGAUGGUCAUGCCUCGGGAUGAGAAGAAACGGGAAGCGCUGAGGGGCAGGAUUCGGGUGAUGCAUGAAGCGGGAGGUGAUAUUUAG